CCUCCAUAAAAAGUUUGAUAAUAGCCGCUCAGCAAACUCAAGAAAACCAAAACCAGAGGUCCAACAAAACCGGCAAAAUAUACAAAAAUGAAACACACCAUCGUCCUCUACCCAUAUCCAGGAAUAGGUCACAUAUUCUCCAUGGUUGAGCUUGGCAAGCUUAUCCUCCACCACUACAACAACCAUUUCUCCAUCGCUAUCCUUCUUAUAACUUCUGAUUUAUGGGACAACCCAACCCUUAUCUCUUACAUAAAAGACAUCUCUAAAACCCACUCUUCCAUCUCCUUCCGCCGUUUCCCUCCGUCCUCCGUUGACACCACUGCCCCUCGUAGCCGUCUUGCCAUGAACUUUGAGUGUGUACUAAUCAACAGGCCUUAUGUUCUUGAUUCUCUUCAAGAAAUAUCAAAAGAAACCAAGAUUUGUGCAUUUAUUAUUGAUCUUUUUUGUGCUUCUGCUCUUUCUAUAGGGAAAGAUCUGAAAAUCCCCACUUACUACUAUUUUACUUCUGGAGCUGGUUGUCUUGCUGCUUACUUAUAUUUUCCAAGAAUCCAUGAGGAGCACACCCAGAGCUUCAAAGAUUUGGUAGAUACUGUUCUUCAAAUCCCAGGUAUAUCACCUCUAAAAGCUAUUCACAUGUCAGAACCAAUGCUUGACAGAAACGACUCUAUCUAUAAUGACAUGGUAUACUUCUGUUCACAUCUUGCAAAAUCUGAUGGCAUUUUAGUGAAUACAUUUAAUGUUUUAGAUCCAAAAGCAAUCAAAGCAAUUGAAAAUGGGGCAUGUGUUUUCGAUGCACCAACUCCACCAAUUUAUUGUAUUGGCCCUUUGAUUUCUAAGGGCAGUGGUAAUAAUAGAGAAGAAGAAUGCUUCUCUUGGCUUGAUAAGCAACCAAAAAAAAGUGUAGUGUUUCUUUGUUUUGGAAGUGUUGGAUCUUUUUGUGUACAACAAAUGAAAGAAAUUGCAAAUGGGUUGGAGACAAGUGGUAAAAGAUUUUUAUGGGUAGUUAAAAAUCCAAUAAAUGAUGCAAAAAAGAAGAGAAUUGAGACCAAACAAGAUUUUGAUUUGGACUCUGUUCUGCCUCAAGGAUUCUUGAAUAGAAUUAAAGAUAGAGGCUUGGUAGUGAAAUCUUGGGUACCGCAAGUGGAGGUACUGAGUCAUGAAUCAGUUGGUGGGUUUGUUACUCAUUGUGGGUGGAACUCGGUGCUUGAAUCGGUGGUUGCUGGUGUGCCGAUGGUGGCUUGGCCGCUUUAUGCAGAGCAACAUUUGAAUAGGAAUAUAUUGGUGGAGGAUAUGAAGAUGGCUAUUGCAGUGGAGCAGAGAGAUGAAGAUGGGUUUGUUAGAGCGGAUGAGUUGGCGAGACGAGUUCUUGAGUUAAUGGACUCGGAGAAAGGGGAAGAAUUGAGAGAAAUGAGCUUGAAAAUGAAAGAGAAGAGUUUGAGUGUUUGGACAGAGUGUGGCUCUUCAGUUAGAACUCUUACUAAGUUGAUUGAUCUAUGGAAGCAAAGUUGACCUAUAAGUUUCUGUGUCUCGAUUUCUUAUAUAAUUACUUUAUAAAAAGAGUGAUUUAUGUUUAUUUUUAUUGCAAAA